CUCCGCCAGGCCCUGGAUUGCUUCGUUUUCGCUUGCAAUUGAAAAAGGUCAAGUUCGUUUGUGGUGAGGUGUUAAAAAAUGCCGAAAAAGAACGUGAAGAAGAGCAGCAAAAGGAGUUCUAGUCCUACCCCUGGUGAGAAGACGGCGGAUGUUACGAAAACUGUUAACAUCAAGGAAAUGCAAAAUCAAAAUGAAGCCUCUCUUCAGGGAUAUGCGAACAAAAAGCCCAAAAAGCAGGCAAAACAAGCAUUGACUAAACAGCAACGAAAAAUCGAGGAGCUUGAAAAAGCAAGCACACGAUUCCAGAGUAAUUCCAAAGAAUAUGAGCAGUUUUUGAAUCGAAUGGACAAUUGGCUGAAGACAAACCACCAACAGGCAAUGAAACUGUUUUCCAUGUAUGACAGGAUUGGGAAUGGGAUUCUGCAGUACGAUGAAUUUAAACUUGGGAUGCGGGAUUUGAAGAUUCCCUGCGUAGAAGCUCAGCUACACAUCUUGACCAAAUUGUUGGAUCAGGACAAUAAUGGGACCAUUGAUUACACUGAAUUAGGUGCGGGACUUGACAUUGCCAGGUGUCUUCAAAGCAACAGUGAAGAGAAUGAGGAGGAGGAUGAAUCAAAAGAUGUAGAAGGAAUCGGUGAGAGAGUUACAAUAAGAAAAGAUGCAGAGGAAAGUGAAACAAGAACGGAAGCAGAACCUUGCCUGUCGGUUACAAAGGAGGUUUUGACUCGUUGCCCAGAUUGCCUUUUGAGACUCAGGAAACAUGCACAAUUCUCUGAAUCCAGGUAUAUUUCUGUAGAACUCCGGAUCAUAACCUUCAACAACAUGAAAACCCAUCCAGGUCAUUUUCAAGAAGUCGUAUUUUCCCAAAUGAAAGUGUAUGGACUGAUCGGUCGGAUCCAGGGGCAUACUGGCAUUGCCAGCAACAAACUCAGCAUCUUCAAAGACCAGUCCUACUCUCAGAAGUCGCUGCUGCCCCUCGACCUGACCUUGGAGGAAUGUGGUUUCCAUAGUGGGCCUCUCCAUUCUCCUCCUACACUCCUUCUCUACUAUGAUUACAGCAUUGAGUUUAGUGAUUGCCCAAUUUUAAAUUGUGACUAUUAUUUCACCACGAGAAAGCUGUGAUGGCUUCUCAUGCUGGAUACGAGGGACAGCCCACAGCCAGCACAAUAAGGAGUCACAAGGAGACACAUCUGAUUCCCAGGAUCGACUGUGGUUCAGCAGAUAACAAUCUCAUUCAGGCUUGGGCUGACAAGUGGUAACUAACAUUUGCACCGCAUAAAUGCCAGGCAAUGGUCAUCUCCGAUAAGAGACAAUCUAAUCACUGUCCCUUGACAUUCAAUAGUGUUAACAUCUCUGAAUCCCCCGUGAUCAACAUCCUUGGGGUUAUCACGGACCAGAAAUGCAACUAGAUAUACAAUGGAUACAUGGGCAGGUCAGAGGCUAGGAAUUCUGCAGCGAGUAACCCCCCGCCUCCUGACUCCCCAAAGCCUGUCCACCAUCUACAAGGCACAAGUCAGGAGUGUGAUGGAAUACUCCCCACUUGCCAACAACACUCAAGAAGCUCAACACCAUCCGGGACAAAGCAGCUGCUUGAUUGGUACCACAUCCACAAACAUCCCACUCCCUCCCCCCACUGACGCUCAGUCGCAGCAGUGUGUACUAUCUACAAGAUGCACUGCAGAAAUUCACCAAAGAUCCUCAGGCACCACCUUCCAAACCCACGGCCACUUCCACCGAGAAGGACAAGGGUAGCAGGUACAUGGGAACACCACCCCCUGCAAGUUCCCCUCCGAGCCACUCAC